UUAAAUUCCAAGUAUUACACCAAAAAGAGAAAAUAAAAAUACCAAAAACCCCAAAGAAAAAUCAACAGUGAUCAAUUAGACACUUGAAGUGACUUCGACCAGCACUCAAGUUUCAGUCUAUCGGAGGAAACAUUACAACAUAAACAAGUUAAGUUUAAUAAACAAUAAUGCACUUUGAUGAUCAUCAAGAUUGUUUUGUGAAAUCUUGACUAAGGUUAAGUGAUCAAUUGAGUAAAGAAAAUAAAAAUAUUGAUUAGAGUCGUUUAACAUUAAUGUCAACUUUAUAAAUGACCUUUUACAACUCCUAAAUUUUAAAAACUAUUUCGGUGAUAUUAAAAAUCUUGAAAUAUUUCCUUAUAAAUUGUAUUCAUUAUAUUUGAAAGAGAGAAAAUAUGGCUCAAAUUCUCAUAUCCGUUCAUGCUUUAAGCGUCUUUAUUUUUCCAUUUCUAGUUGUUAUCAUUAGAGAUAAACCAGCUCCCAUUCCCUGCAAAUUUCAUGCUGAUUGUCCCAUAAUGUUGUCUAUAGUUGUGGAGUGCAUUAAUAAUGUUUAUGUUGCACACUCUAAUGGACAAGGUGCAAGCUCAAGUACUGCUCUACAAUUUGGAAUAACUUUGAAGUACAAAUCCUCACAUAAAAAAGAUCAAAUCAUUGCCAACAAGAAUAUUCCUCUAAAGACAAGAUCAACAUUCAGAAAUGGACAUCUUAUGAUGGGACUGCUAUCAGUGAUUGAGCCAACCUCUAUAAAUGAUGCUCUAAAAUAUGAUGGAUGGGUUGUUGCAAUACUAGAUGAGCCGAAUCGAUUUUAAAGAAAUGAUGUCUGAGACUUAAUGCUUAAACCAACUAAGAAAAACAUCAUUGAACCAAGUGGAUUUUCAGGAACAAUCUCAAUGAGCAAGGAGAAGUGGUAAAAAAAAUAAGGUUAGACAUGUAUCUCAAGGCUGUAGUAAGAACGAAGGUAUUUAUUUUCACUUAAACUUUUGCUUUUGUAGAUAGGUUAGAAGCUAUAAGAUUAUUAUUAUCUUAAGUGGUAAACCAUGAUAUUAUUCUAUAUCAAAUGGAUGUUAGAAAUGCAUUCUUA